AUGAUCUCCGCGCCCUUGCACCACAUAACCAUCCUCACAGCACUAGCCGCACCAGUCCUCUCAACCCUCGUCCCCCCAGGCUCCCAACAAGGAACCUACAUCGUGACCCUCACCCCAGAAGGUCGAGAACUCCACACCCGAAUCCCCGACAUCGACAUACCACCACUACCACACAUCCCUCGCCGCGAUACAACAACCUGGCCCCCUGACACCACCAAAGCAAUCUGCUCCGACAGCCCCUGGAUCACCACGGCCGACUUCGCCCCCCACCCCAACGGCGCGCGCAACGCCUUCGCGGCGCACUGCGCCGCGCUCAACGGCAAACGCCUCGGCUACCGCGAAAAUUUUUACAGCCAUUGGGGCGACGCGGUGGCGUACAUGUGUUCGUAUGCCGGGAGCGGGGACGUAGGGAACGGGAAGAAUGGCGGUAACCCGUGUGUUGUGCAGGAGUGGGUUGAUGCUGUUGAGUGGGCUGCGAAGGAUUGUGGGGGGAGGAAUGGGGAUGGGUUUAUGGAGUGUGCCUAUCUCUCGAUUCCUGGAUGGAAAAAGGCGUACGGAUACACGCACAUCAACACCCCCUUCUGCUGA